UGCCCACGUAGCCUACCAGAGGUCUAGACGAGCUCGUGUUGGAGCAGACAGCUUCGCGUGUAGCGGAACGACAAAAAAGGAUUUUUCCGUCACAGUCUCAUUUGUUGAACUGAACUGGAAAGUAAGGCAGCAAGCUGGUUUCCAAAUCUGUGUCUAAAACUCAUGGUCUGUUGUCGUGUGUGUCGGUUAACUUAAAAACGAAAGUUGUGGUGGUAGACAUACCCAAAUUGUUGUUGCUGUAUGAACGUUUACUUGCAGCUUUAGCUGCGCUUCAAAUUUGUGUCUCUUCACCAACACUUCGUACAUUCGAAAACAUUAAAUAGAGCAGGAGACCAUCACUACAAUUUUUUGUGUUAUUUGUUUCCUUGAUAUCUCAAAAGGAUCGUCGAUGAGAAGUAGUGACAAAUCUCACUGACAAAAAUCAGUAUUUUAUUUUGACCAACUUUUGAUAACAGUUAAUUUUUAUGUCAGGAAUGUGUCGACACACAGGGAUCCUCGUUUGCUUUGCUUGCUUGUUCCUGUCUGCCCAUUCCUCAUCACAUAUUCAAGAUAAAAAUGAAGAAGUGUGCAGUACCACAAAGCUUUUUGAAAUUCACAGCAGCAAUGGUUCUUUAUCAUUGGAAGGACUUGAUAAAAUUUUGAAAUCUGUCAGAAGUUUUUGUUCGUCACAUUGGAAAGAAAAAGAAGAUACUUCUCAUCAUAUUCAUACUGUUUCAGAAGUUGCACCAGGCAUAGACUCUGAAAAGCCUGUUGCAAAAACUGAAUCAUCAGAAUCAUCUACUAAAAAUGCCUGGCUUUAUGCUGGUGUGAGUGUCCUGUUCAUAUCUACUUGUGGUCUGGCUGCUGUAGCAGUAAUCAAAAUUCUCCCUCAGUGGUUGUUUCAACCUGCAAUACAGUAUCUAGUCGCAUUGGCGGUUGGCACACUAACUGGUGACGCCAUACUACAUCUGAUCCCUCAUGCGUUUACAGCUGUUCAUCAUUCGAGAAGUGUAAUAGAAUCUCCAAAAAAUGCAACAUUUGAAUCCCACAAUGAACAUUCUGAGUUACACGAGGACCAUCAUAGCGACGAGCAUGGGCAUGACUCGAUUGUCGUAUGGAGAGGAGUUGUUAUCCUUACUGUAUUGGUCGUAUUUUUUAUUGUUGAGCGGUUGUUGAACAUUUUUGGCGAAUGGCGGCAGCGACUGCAAUCGACAAAACAGGUCGAUAAAGUUGUGCAUUUGCUGUCUGGAUCAAGCAAAAUGGUGGGUGAAAAACUAUGUCGUCAUCAUCGGCAUAGCCACCAAGGUCAUAAGAAUCAUCAGCAUCAAGAUAGUGCAACGAGUACGGGUGAAGGAGACCAGCAUUUGCUUGAGCCAAGAAUUAGUGAUGCAACGCAUGGGGAACCUGACGCAGAUCUUCUAGUCAGCUGCGUUAAGGAAGUAACAUUUCUUAAUAAUGGAGAAGAAGACUGCGCAAACAAAGUGGCAGCUGACGAAUGCUCCGGACCAAAAGAUCAGCAAAAUGGCUGCUCCGAAUGGCAGGGUCUUGUGGUUGGAAAACCACUAAUUUAUUGUGCUUCUCACGAAAUUUGUGAUGGCAGUGACUCCGCCGCUUCCGCUCCUGAAAGUCAACGAUUACCAGAAUCGUGUCAGUCUGAGCAUUUAUUAAGUGUUAAAACUAAAGAAUCUAACGGCUCAUUAGCGCGACCAGUAGAGGAAACAACGGCCGCUCGACAGGCCGAUUCGCUCACUGUAUUCAUUUCUGAGCACCACACGUCACAUCACGGGCACUCGCACUCUCAUGGACACAUUCACGCCCGUCCUGAUGGCGUCGCUUCGCUUGCGUGGCUUGUACUUGCAGGAGAUGGAAUGCAUAACUUAUCGGACGGUUUAGCCAUCGGAGCUGCUUUUGCAGCUUCCAUUACUGGAGGUUUUACUACAGCGAUCGCCGUUUUGUGUCACGAACUUCCUCAUGAACUUGGGGAUUUCGCUGUACUGUUAAAAGCUGGAAUGACGAUCAAGCAAGCCAUGAUUUGUAAUUUGAUUUCCUCCUUUCUCUGCCUACUGGGAGUGCUGGUAGGACUUGCUAUAGGAUCAGCGCACAAUACAGCUCCCUGGAUAUUCGCUGCCACCGGAGGCAUGUUUCUUUAUAUCGCACUCGUCGAUAUGAUGCCAGAAUUGAACGGACAUUCUGGGAAACAUCGUUCGGCUCUAUUGCAGUUAUUACUUCAACUUUUUGGCCUUCUAAGUGGUUUUGCAAUUAUGUUAACCAUAGCUCUAUAUGAGCACGAGCUCAGCGAGGUCUUACAAUCUCUUCUUUGAACGUGCGUUAAAAAUAAUGGGGAGAACCGAUUUGGUUGUAACAUACGCUUUUUCAGAUGCCAUGUGUCUUGUAAUGAGACGGGAAGGAAUGAGGCUGUAUUCAAGUAAUUGUGUUCGCUAUGACAUGUGUAAUAUGCGCGUUAUUUGACAAGGAAGUGUUACUGUUCUGGUGUUGAUUUCUCAGUUCCUCUUAUGCGACAAAUCUCAAAAAAACAAGAAAAACAAGGUAACACACAAACAAA